AUGAGAAUUGGAAGGGGAUGUGAACGUUGUCGUUUGCGCCAUAUAAGAUGUACUACCCGCGCCGGGGCGUCUUCGUGUAACGCCUGCACUCGCCUGGGGCGAGCUUGUCGCCUAGAUCCGCCGUUUCGCUUCAAAUCUGUACGUCAUGUAUACCAGAAGAGCAAUGGCACGGCAUCCAAGUUUGAGCUAGCCUGGGACUCUCAGCAGACUUGGGUAAAGGUUCCCCACUCGUUAACCUUCGUGCAAGAAUCAUCUGACGACUCCGACGAUGACAAUAUACGCGACGUUCCACUGGUACCUCGGGGGGAUGAUCAUGUCCCCUCAAAUGAGACACCGCAAGACAUCCCGCAAUCCUAUACUGUAUUCUCCCAUUUCCCUUUUCCAGAGGUUAUGUAUUCUCAGGAUGAGAGCCCACGAGGACAUCAUGAUGCCGACAAUUCAGCACCACACCCCACGACACCCCCAAUUGCCGAAGUACAACCCUUCCCCGGCACAUCUUCAAGCCUGUCACCUCAAGCCAUUCCUAUGCUCUCUCCGAUAGCAUCCGCAAGUACUUGGACGAGCGCAGCAUCGCCGAUGAGUGCGGUCAGCCCCAGACAAGGCAGCUCGUCAUCACUCUCACCUCGCGAAGCUCACCUUCUCCGUCUCUUCAUACAGAAGCUUGCGCCAUGGGCCGACAUCUGCGAUCUCCGCUCUCACUUCGGGACCGAAGUCCCUCGCCGCGCUCUCCGAUAUCCGAUGGUUCUCAAAGCCGUCCUCGCCCUUGCCGCUCGACAUGACGCCAUUGUAAAAGGGGCUAGUGAUUGGGAAGCAUCAGAGUACCACGGCCAAUGCCUCGAACUCCUGAUCGCAGCUCUGGCUCUCCCAGAAGAGACCUACGAUGACAACCUCCUCUUCACGGUCGUGAUCCUACGGAUGUACGAAGAGCUUGAGCUCGCGACCGAUGAGAAGUGCCACUGGGUCGGAUCUAACCGACUGCUCAACCGGAUGUCCAACUCCGCUUCCUCGGGCGGGCUCGCCGAAGCCGUCAGCUGGCAGUUCCUCCGCCAGGCCAUCUACGCCUGCGUCGUGCAGCACCAACCGAUGCAACUCAACCUGGCGAACUAUGAGCGGUCGGUGGUCUUCCGCCGGCGCGACGACGCCUCAUAUGCGAACGUCAUUAUUUUCUACUGCGCCAAGAUCUUGCGGUUAUGGUCGGGCUCGCACUGCAGUCCUGUUGACGAGACGGAGUGGCAGCAUCUGGUCGAUAGCGUGGAGCAAUGGUACCAGGCGCGACCGGUCAGCUGGCAGCCACUACAGUACAAGGAUGCAGAUCCGAAGGAGGAUCGCCCGUUUCCUGAGAUGUGGAUGAUCUCGCCGCAGGCGGCUGUGGGACUGCAAUAUUAUCAUACGGCGUGCAUCUUUCUGAGUGCUUCCGACCGACACUGGAGCGUAGUCAGUGACUACGAGCUUGCGCGACUCAAGCGUGUGGAGGAGGUUCGUGAUCUUUUCUUUAGAACAAUCUCCUCCCACCUCAUCAAGGUCAUCGGCCUCUCGAUGUCCAACGAAACCGUCGAAAACGCAUACUUCAUGGCUUGCCAUCUUCUCCAUCGCUAUGGAUACUGUCUCCGUCACGCAGCCGAGCAACAAGGCUCCCUGGAAUUUCUCCGCCGGAUGGAGAAGACGGUAGGCUGGCGUACGGGGUGGGUGAUCCGCGAGCUCGAAACCCAAUGGCAGGAACUCCAAACAUUAGAUACCACCUGGGGAGACGUAUAG